AUGUCCAGCUCCAAAAGCGUGAGCCCCCCGGGCUACGCGGCGCAGACAGCGGCGGCGCCGGCGUCCCGGGGAGGCCCGGAACACCGCUCCGCGUGGGGAGAGGCUGACUCCCGCGCCAAUGGCUACCCCCAAGCCCCCGGGGGUUCGGCCCGCGGCUCCACCAAGAGACCUGGGGGGGCGGUGACCCCGCAGCAGCAACAGCGCCUGGCCAGCCGCUGGCGCAGCGACGACGAAGACGAUCCUCCGCUGAGUGGCGAUGACCCCCUGGCCGGGGGCUUCGGCUUCAGCUUCCGUUCCAAGUCGGCCUGGCAGGAGCGCGGCGGCGACGACUGCGGUCGCGGCAGCCGGCGGCAGCGGAGGGGUGCGGCCGGCGGGGGCAGCACCCGGGCGCCCCCUGCGGGCAGCGGCGGCGGUUCGGCGGCUGCGGCCGCCGCAGCGGGAGGAACGGAGGUGCGCCCCCGUUCGGUGGAGCUAGGCCUGGAGGAGCGGCGUGGCAAGGGCCGCGCCGCCGAAGAUCUGGAGGCCGGCGCCGUCGAGGAAGACGAAGGGUCCGGGGAUGGGGGCAGCUCGGCAGGCUCGGGCGCGGGGCCUGGCGCGGUGCUGUCGCUGGGCGCCUGCUGCCUGGCACUGCUGCAGAUAUUCCGCUCGAAGAAGUUCCCAUCGGACAAGCUGGAGCGGCUGUACCAGCGCUACUUCUUCCGUCUGAACCAGAGCAGCCUCACGAUGCUCAUGGCUGUGCUGGUGCUCGUGUGCCUAGUCAUGUUGGCCUUCCACGCGGCACGGCCCCCGCUGCAGCUGCCCUAUCUGGCCGUCCUAGCGGCCGCCGUGGGUGUGAUCCUCGUUAUGGCCGUGCUCUGCAACCGUGCCGCCUUCCACCAGGACCACAUGGGCCUGGCCUGCUACGCGCUUAUCGCCGUGGUGCUGGCCGUCCAGGUGGUGGGCCUGCUGCUGCCCCAGCCGCGCAGUGCCUCCGAGGGCAUCUGGUGGACUGUGUUUUUCAUCUAUGCGAUCUACACGCUCCUGCCCGUGCGCAUGCGGGCUGCGGUACUCAGCGGGGUGCUCCUGUCCGCCCUCCACCUGGCCAUCGCCCUGCGCACCAACGCCCAGGAUCAGUUCCUGCUCAAGCAGCUCGUCUCCAACGUCCUCAUUUUCUCCUGCACCAACAUCGUGGGUGUGUGCACCCACUACCCGGCUGAGGUCUCGCAGAGACAGGCCUUCCAGGAGACCCGGGAGUGCAUCCAGGCGCGGCUCCACUCGCAGCGGGAGAACCAGCAGCAGGAGCGGCUCCUGCUGUCUGUCCUUCCCCGUCAUGUUGCCAUGGAGAUGAAAGCCGACAUCAACGCCAAACAGGAGGAUAUGAUGUUCCAUAAGAUUUACAUCCAGAAACAUGACAACGUGAGCAUCCUGUUUGCUGACAUCGAGGGUUUCACCAGCCUGGCAUCCCAGUGCACUGCCCAGGAGCUGGUCAUGACCCUCAAUGAGCUCUUCGCCCGCUUCGACAAGCUGGCUGCGGAGAAUCACUGUUUACGUAUUAAGAUCCUGGGAGAUUGUUAUUACUGUGUCUCAGGGCUGCCUGAAGCCAGGGCUGACCACGCCCACUGCUGCGUGGAGAUGGGCAUGGACAUGAUCGAGGCCAUCUCGCUGGUCCGGGAGGUGACAGGUGUGAACGUGAACAUGCGUGUGGGAAUUCACAGCGGGAGAGUGCACUGCGGUGUCCUCGGCCUCAGGAAGUGGCAGUUCGAUGUCUGGUCUAACGAUGUCACACUGGCCAACCACAUGGAGGCUGGAGGCAAGGCGGGACGCAUCCACAUCACCAAGGCCACACUCAACUACUUGAAUGGUGACUACGAGGUGGAGCCAGGCUGUGGGGGCGAGCGCAACGCCUACCUCAAGGAGCACAGUAUCGAGACCUUUCUCAUCCUGCGCUGCACCCAGAAGCGGAAAGAAGAAAAGGCCAUGAUUGCCAAGAUGAACCGCCAGAGAACCAACUCCAUCGGGCACAACCCGCCUCACUGGGGGGCCGAGCGCCCCUUCUAUAACCACCUGGGUGGCAACCAGGUGUCCAAGGAGAUGAAGCGGAUGGGCUUUGAAGACCCCAAGGACAAGAAUGCCCAGGAAAGUUCGAACCCUGAGGAUGAAGUGGAUGAAUUUCUGGGCCGUGCCAUUGAUGCCAGGAGCAUCGACAGGCUGCGAUCUGAACAUGUUCGCAAGUUCCUCUUGACCUUCAGGGAGCCUGACUUAGAGAAGAAGUACUCCAAGCAAGUGGAUGACCGAUUCGGUGCCUACGUGGCAUGUGCCUCGCUCGUCUUCCUCUUCAUCUGCUUUGUCCAGAUCACCAUCGUGCCCCACUCCGUGUUCAUGUUGAGUUUCUACCUGACCUGUUUCCUGCUGCUGACCUUGGUGGUGUUUGUGUCCGUGAUCUAUUCUUGCGUGAAGCUCUUCCCGGCCCCGCUGCAGACCCUCUCCAGGAAGAUCGUGAGGUCCAAGAUGAACAGCACCCUGGUGGGGGUGUUCACCAUCACCCUCGUGUUCCUGUCGGCUUUCGUCAACAUGUUCACGUGCAACUCCGAGGACCUGUUUGGCUGCCUGGGGGACGAGCACAACAUCAGCGCCAGUCAGGUCAAUGCAUGCCACGUGGUGGAGUCGGCCGUCAACUACAGUCUGGGUGAUGAGCAGGGCUUCUGCGGCAGCUCCUGGCCCAACUGCAACUUCCCCGAGUACUUCACCUACAGCGUGCUGCUCAGCCUGCUGGCCUGCUCCGUGUUCCUGCAGAUCAGCUGCAUCGGGAAGCUGGUGCUCAUGCUGGCCAUCGAGCUCAUCUACGUGCUCGUCGUUGAGGUGCCCGGUGUCACGCUCUUUGACAAUGCCGACCUACUGGUCACGGCCAAUGCCAUAGACUUCAACAACAACGGGACCUCCCAGUGCCCUGAGCAUCCGACCAAGGUGGCGCUGAAGGUGGUGACGCCCGUCAUCAUCUCCGUCUUCGUGCUGGCCCUGUACCUGCAUGCCCAGCAGGUGGAGUCCACUGCCCGCCUCGACUUCCUCUGGAAACUUCAGGCCACAGAGGAGAAGGAGGAGAUGGAGGAGCUGCAGGCCUACAACCGGCGGCUGCUGCACAAUAUUCUGCCCAAGGACGUGGCCGCACACUUCCUGGCCCGCGAACGGCGCAACGACGAGCUCUACUAUCAGUCGUGCGAGUGCGUGGCCGUCAUGUUCGCCUCCAUCGCCAACUUCUCCGAGUUCUACGUGGAACUGGAGGCCAACAACGAGGGCGUCGAGUGCCUGCGGCUGCUCAACGAGAUCAUCGCAGACUUUGACGAGAUCAUUAGUGAGGACCGGUUCAGGCAGCUGGAAAAGAUCAAGACCAUCGGCAGCACCUACAUGGCCGCCUCGGGCCUCAAUGACUCCACCUACGACAAGGUGGGCAAGACCCACAUCAAAGCCCUGGCCGACUUCGCCAUGAAGUUGAUGGACCAAAUGAAGUACAUCAACGAGCACUCUUUCAACAACUUCCAGAUGAAGAUCGGGCUCAAUAUUGGCCCCGUGGUGGCGGGCGUGAUCGGAGCCCGCAAGCCUCAGUACGACAUCUGGGGCAACACGGUGAACGUGGCCAGCCGCAUGGACAGCACCGGUGUGCCCGACCGCAUCCAGGUCACCACAGACAUGUACCAGGUGCUGGCCGCCAACACGUACCAGCUGGAGUGCCGGGGUGUGGUCAAGGUCAAGGGCAAAGGCGAGAUGAUGACCUACUUCCUCAACGGAGGGCCCCCGCCCAGUUAGCAGCCACCGCGGACGCCAGGCAGCCUGGCCUCCAGAGACAAGGCGGAAGCCUCGCUCCAGCCCGCGAGGCCGCCUGAGAUUUCCCACUUUGACUCCAGAAGCAGCCUCUGCCCUUGCGGGCGGGAGGGCUGGCGGUCUCCGUCCAAGGCCCGGGGUGCCAGCGUCCUGCGAGCACCAA